ACAGCAACAUGAAGGUCUUGAUAGUAACUUUGUUGGCUCUAGCAGUAGCCGCCUCCGCGAGGCACAUUUCGCUUGAAGAUGUCAUCGAAUUAGAAAAGAACACCCUUUACGGUUACAUCAAGAGUAUCGCCAUACCGUUGGCUGACGAAGUCCGCAUAGCUGAGGAGGAAGGCAGACAAAAUCCAUCCAGGAUUGUCGGUGGUUCAUUUGCUGCUCUAGGACAGUUACCGUAUCAGGCCGGCUUAAUUUUACAUCACCCUUCUACCAAUGGUCUUGCCAGCGCAUCUCUAAUCUCCAAUAACAGAAUAUUGACUGCUGCACACAACUUGAAUGAUGGCUGGUCAACUGUCCCGAGUGUGACUGUUGUCCUUGGAACUACCACUAUAAUGUCUGGUGGUGUAAGACAAACUACUAGCAACUAUGUUUUGCAUGAAAAUUACGACGUCUUCGUAUUCAGAAGUGACAUUGCUAUCAUCAACUUACCAUCACCAGUUCAAUUUUCAAGCAUCCUCAGUCCUAUCGCUCUUCCUUCUGGGUCUCAACUGAAUGACGACUUCGCUGGGGAAAUUGCCAUUGCCUCUGGUUUUGGAAUUAAUCCUGGAAAUGGUGGUGUGAUUCCAAACCAGCCGCUCAGCUAUGUGGAUUUGCCCGUGAUCUCAAACGAUGAAUGCGAACAAGAUUACGGAUCAAUUAUUCUACCUGGCAUUAUAUGUACGGGUAGCGUUGUAGGCAAAAACAUCUGCACUGGUGACUCUGGAGGUCCUCUUGCCGUCCAGAGGAAUAACGGCCCAGUAGUGAUUGGUGUCGUUUCAUUCAGACGUGGUGGUGCAUGCGACGGCGGUUCUCCUGCUGGGUACGCCAGAGUUACGCACUAUGUAGACUGGAUUAACGAGCAUCUUAUAAACGAAGUUGUAUCUAUUGAUAAGCACAUAACGAAAGUGAACGACAGCAUGAAGAUAUUGGCAGUGACUGUGUUGGCCCUAGCAGUGGCCGCCUCCGCGAGGCACAUCACACUUGAAGAUGUCAUCGAAUUAGAAAAAAACACUCCGUACGAUUACAUCAAGAGGAUCGCCAUACCAUAUGCUGAUAAAGUCCGAAUAGCUGAGGAAGAAGGCAGCCAGAAUCCAUCUAGAAUCGUUGGUGGUUCAUUAGCUGUUCUUGGACAAUUCCCGUACCAGGCCGGCUUACUAUUGAAUUACCCUACUAGAACUGGUCUCGCUAGCGCAUCUCUAAUCUCCAACAACAGAAUACUAACUGCUGCACACAACUUGAAUGAUGGUGUAUCGAGUGUCUCGAGUGUGACUGUUGUCCUUGGAUCUACAACUCUAAUGUCUGGUGGUGUAAGACAAACUACCAGUAACUACGUUUUACACGAAAAUUAUGACAUUUCCGUAGUAAGAAGUGACAUUGCUAUCAUCAACUUGCCAUCUCCUGUCCAAUUCUCAAAUAUCGUGGCUCCCAUCGCUCUGCCUUCUGGAUCUCUGCUCCAAGAAGAUUUUGUUGGUGAAGUUGCAAUUGCCUCUGGUUUUGGAAUGAAUCCUGCAAUUGGUGGUGUGCUUGCAAACCAGCCAUUUAGCUAUGUGGACUUGCCUAUAAUUACGAACAAUGAAUGCGCCGCAUCUUAUGGAUCAGUAAUUCAGCCUGGAAUUAUCUGCACGGGUAGUGCUGUUGGCAAGAACAUUUGCAGUGGUGACUCUGGCGGUCCUCUUGCUUUACAGAGAAGCGGUAACCCAUUGUUGAUUGGUGUUGUUUCGUUCGGCCGUGGUGGAUGCGAUGGCGGUUCUCCUUCUGGAUACGCUAGGGUUACACACUACAUCAACUGGAUUAAUGCACGUCUGUAAUAAUAUACAUAAAUAUAAGAAUAAAUCAUGUCUUUAAAAAUAAA